AUGGAUAUGAACCAUUUCAUAGGACAGCGGUUUAACUUGAUAUCGAAGAGUGAUAUUCGGUUCGAGCGACUCCUUCAUCCUGUUGAUGAUCCCUACGUUGGCACUCUCCAUGAAAUAAACCCGGAGGACUCCACCAUUGCGCUGGAGAAUGUCGUUUCACACGGCACGGAAGGACGACGUGGCAAUCCCGCAGAGGAAAUUGCCCCUUCUGCAACCGUGUACGAAUACAUUGUCUUCCGUGGAAGCGACGUAAAGGAUAUUAGUGUUACGGAGGAGCAGAAAGAGAACCAGCAUCCCGAACCUCCUCAAGUACCCAAUGAUCCUGCUAUCUUAGGUAGUGGAACACGACCAGCACCUGCCCAAGGGCCUCCUCGCGUUCAAUCAAAUCAGUUUCAACCACCCAAUGCUCCCCGUCAACCGCCGCCUGGUUACCCGCAGCAAACUCCGUUCCCCGGAUAUUAUAACCUAUAUGGUCAGCGAUUCGGCCCUCCUGGUUUUCCCCCUGGUCCUGGCUUUCCUAAUGCUCCUUAUGGUGGCCCGCAAGGAUGGUACCCUCCUCCUGGCCAAGGCUUUCCCCAACCCCCUGGCCAAUACCCUCCACCACAAAUGCCUAUUGGCCAUCCUCAACAACCCCAGCAAGCACAGCAGCAGCAACGCGAUGGCGGUCCUCAACCUCCUCAACCAGCAAAUGUACCAAAGCCAACUUCGGAGCUGCCAGUCGGUGAUAAGGUACCUGGCAAACCUGUAACUCCAGCAUCCUCCCAGCCCCUUCACCCACCAGAACCAAAGUCCUCCACCCCUAAACCCACCGCUCCUUCGCUCCCAACAACAACAACAACAACAACAACAACAAUAACGCAGAAACCAGCCACAGCACCCACUGCACAGCCAUCACUGCCAGCGGUGGCUGCGCCCACAUACAAGACCCCGCCCAAGGAGCCACAUGCUGGGCCAAAAUCCGGAAGGGUUGUACCUGCUAUCCCUAUUUCAAAACCAGCGGUUUCUUCCACAACCACCGCAUCUGCUACUGCUACCUCAGGUAACGCUACUACGCAGUCGCCUGCGCAAAAUACCAGAGCUACUUCUACAGCGAUGCAGGACGCAACUCGAGCGGCUACUGCUGCUGUGGCCGCUGCCAUGGCCAAACUUCCUCAGCCUCCAACUCAGGGCUCGCAGCCAGUCGAAGCAGCGGUUGAGUCAGUAACCAAAAAAGUAAGCGAAAUGAAGCCGUAUGAGGGAGACCGGGCUCCUCGUGGGGGCCAUCAAAACGCUCGCGGCGGUCGGGGUGCUCAUCGUGGAAACCAUCACCACUCUCAGCAUAAGAAAGUUGAGGUUCCUACCACUGACUACGACUUUGAAUCAGCAAAUGCCAAAUUUAACAAGCAAGAUCUCGUGAAGGAAGCGAUUGCCUCUGGAUCGCCACUUGGGGAAUCUGAACAUAAAGCAGUGAACGGCACAAACGGGUCUGAAGGUGCAGACAAAAUCAAUGGAACUGGAUCUCACGUCGCCUAUAAUAAAGCGUCUUCCUUUUUCGAUAACAUCUCGAGCGAAAGUCGCGAUCGCGAAGAAGGUUCGCGAGGCAAGACGAGUGGUAGGGAGUGGCGCGGUGAGGAGGAGAAGAAAAAUAUUGAGACGUUUGGCCAAGGAAGCAUUGAUGGUGGCUAUGGUGGUGGAUACCGGGGACGAGGGAGAGGUCGAGGUUAUGGUGGAUCUCGCGGUGGCAGAGGUUCGUACACUCGAGGCUACGCUGGCGGGCGUGGACGAGGAGGUUUCCGUGGCGGGAGAGGCGCAUCGCAGGCUACCGGAGUUCCAACUUCGUCGUAG